GUCCAUGCGGGCAGCAAGGCCGCACUGGCUGCCCUGUGUCCUGGAGACCUGAUCCAGGCCAUCAACGGAGAGAGCACGGAGCUCAUGACGCACCUGGAGGCGCAGAACCGCAUCAAAGGCUGCCACGAUCACCUCACGCUCUCUGUGAGCAGGCCUGAGAGCAGGAGCUGGCCUGGUGCUGCUGAUGACAAGGUCCAGGCACACAGGAUUCACAUCGACCCCGAGGCCCAGGACAGCAGCCCAGUGAGCAGCAGGCGGUCCUCGGCCGCCGGGAUUGCACCAGAAGACGCCCGACCGGGCCUGGGAUCUCCGUGUGGACCGGGCCUGGGGUCUGCGUACGGGCAGUCACCUCGUCUUCCAGCCCCUCAGAACGGCAGCAGCAGUGAGGCCGCCCUGCCAGCCCAGAUGAGCGGCCUGCACGUGUCUCCACCCCCGGGUGCGGAUCCAGCCAGAGGCGUCCCACGCAGCCGGGACUGCAGAGUGGACCUGGGCUCUGAGGUGUACAGGAUGCUUAGGGAGCCUGGAGAGCCCGCGGCUGUGGAGCCCAAGCAGUCAGGCUCCUUCCGCUACCUGCAGGGCAUGCUGGAGGCCGGCGAGGGCGGGGAGCGGCCCGGGCCCAGCGGCCCCCGGAACCUCAAGCCCACAGCCAGCAAGCUGGGCACUCCGCUGAGCGGCCUGCAGGGACUGCCAGAGUGCACGCGCUGCGGCCAUGGGAUCGUGGGCACGAUCGUCAAGGCCCGGGACAAGCUCUACCACCCAGAGUGCUUCAUGUGCAGCGACUGCGGCCUGAACCUCAAGCAGCGCGGCUACUUCUUCCUGGACGAGCGGCUCUACUGCGAGAGCCACGCCAAGGAGCGCGUCAAGCCGCCCGAGGGCUACGACGUGGUGGCCGUGUACCCCAACGCCAAGGUGGAACUGGUCUGAGCCUCGACCCCUCCCGCCCCUGCUUCCUUCGCUGCCGCCUCGUGCCUGUGUAAAUACAUGUCCAGUCCCUCCCUAUUAAAGAGCCUUCGCUCGGCCUCUAACCAGACACGUCCUGGCCCCCACCCUCCAGCGCAGGCCACGGCGCCUGUGCGGUGAGACCAGCUCAGGUGCCAGGGAGGCCCUGGGCACGGGGUGUAGUGGGGAACGAGAGGCACCACGCUGUCCUCGCGGGGAGAGCUGGCCGGCAGACCCCGGGCCUGGGGAGAUGGACUGGGCUGGCACACAGCCGGCGAGGCCCACUUCAUUCUGAGCCCUCUUUUUCUUUGUACUUUCUCUCUUCAGCCAGUAGAGGGCGCCCUUGCUUUUUCCAGCCUGAGAGAGAAGGAAGGUUUUAGAAAGAAUUCUUGCCUGGGGCUGCUGGUUUCCCCAAAGAUGCUCCGUUUUAUUCCAGAGUGGAAGGAAAAUUCCCCCUCCCUCAUUCCUGAGGGAGAACUCAUCGUUCCCCACGAUGGGUCUGCCCUGGGCCUUUUGUCCCUCUCUUGCACGCACUGAGACAGACUCAUGUUUUUUAAAAAUACAUACACAGUACAUGAGUAGUAAUAGAGUCGCCGCGUGGCUAGUAGCUGUGUGCCCUGAAUGCUCUGCCCGGUGGAUCCACUCUACUUCGCUUGCUCUGGGGCCCCGUUUAUUUAGUGAGCUUGAGAAUACGUUUGUACUAUUUUCAAUUUUGUGCUGUCACAAGCCACAAAAAGCGGUUAUCAGUUGACAUUCUGUCAGGGUGCACCAGUACUUGUUUCCUCCAGCUCUUGCCAAUAUCCUGACCUUUUCCGUUUCUAAAACCUGGUAAGUGAAACACAGCAUGUAGUUUUAAUUUUUCAUUUCUCUAAUUACUAGUGACGAGCUUUCAGUCAUUCAACAAACACUUAGAGUGUGCUUGCUGGGUACCCGCAGCUGAGGUAACAGAAAGGAAAUGUCCCUCCCUACCAGUAGGUCCUGUGUGAACUACCCUAAGCCUUUCUCUCACUUUUCCAAGGUUUAUUUAACUUCUGUUGACAAUUAGUAGGAAGUUUUUCACACUCUUGUACGAGGAUUUUAUGCAUCUGACCUAUGCUGCUUUCCUUGCGACCACAUCACCGUUUUAACUACGACCGUGUCGGAGUUUAAUAGCUAACCUCUCCGUGUUUGUUGUUUA